GGCUGAACUACUUCCGCCUUCCGGUCGACCAGUUAUACACGUGAAGGUCAGUAACAGAGCGAUAAGAUAUUUACAAUUGGAAGAGUAUUGCAGAAGCAAACACUUUUUAGCAAAAUAUGAACGGCCAAGGAGCGACAGCCGACCCUCAGCUUCAGCAAUUCAUCGAAAUCGAGUCUCAAAAACAGAGAUUUCAGCAGCUGGUGCAUCAAAUGACUGAAGUUUGCUGGGAGAAGUGCAUGGACAAACCCGGACCGAAGCUGGACUCCAGGACGGAAAUGUGCUUCGUCAACUGCGUGGAACGAUUUAUCGACACCAGCCAGUUCAUCCUGAACAGACUGGAACAGACUCAGAGGGGAAAGGGCUCGUUUUCUGAGACCAUGUCAGAAUAAAAAAAUAAAAGAUGAACUCUCACCGGAAGGACCGACCAGACACAUGCACGUGCCCGAUGGCAGGGCCGUUUUGUCCUGACACCAAGUGUCCUUUCAACCGGAGAAAGGAACGGGACUGAGUGUCUCAUUGAAAACAAAGUGCCUCAGAUAGACACAAUGUGUGGAUGCAGAAGUCUAGGAUUUUAAGGAUAAGGGUGUUGCAGAACACUUAGAUUGCAGUCUGUUAACAGGGACUUCCACGCAGAGGUUUUUUUUGUUAUUUGAAGCUGAGCUUGAAUGUGUGUGUGAGGCUGCAGAGAGUGAUGCAUCCGGGACGUCCAGCGUCAGCCAGCUGUUUUUAACAGCCACAAGGACAUCGCCAACCACACACACACACCUUUUCAGAGAACUAACCGAUGUCUUGACCGAAGAGGCGCUAGGUUUUGGACUGUACAUAUGCAAUAAACAUAAUGCCAAAAUAA